AUGACAAAAAACACAAAUCUCUUCUUGAUUAUUGUUUUGAUCUUUAAUUUAUUCCUUUCUUCUUCAACUGGUGUUCCGGCACCAACACUCGAAAAACGUGCACUAUGGCCACAACUUGUAGGGCGUGCAUGCUAUAAUCUUAGUCCAACUUGUAGUCUAUUCGGUGAAUUCACUUUUACUCAACUUGCAUUUCAAUUCACUCGUAUAUUCGGACAAAUCAACGAAGGAUUUAAUAAUCCAAAUCCGAGCGCAUACACAUUUGGAAUUUUUACCACACAAAAUGAUGGAACGCUAGUUAAAUCUUUGACACCGACCUUCUCAGUUAACGCACCACCAGGCGGUACUUCUGCUAUUCAAUUGGACGUCCCGGAUAUUGCUCUUCAACCUAAUUUACCUCUUGCAAGUAAUCCGGCUCAAACCGCCACAGAUGUUCAUAACCUAUGGCUUAGAAUUUCAAUGGGUAAUACGAUCUUGUGUAGUGCUCAAAUUCUUCUGACAUAA